AUUCCUUGAGAGUAGCGGACAGCGCCUAAACGAAACUUAGCUUGAUUGUUGUCUUUCAACAACAAAUUCUGGCCACUUUCUUGUUUUGGUUGUCUACGAGAUCUAUCUUUAUCUUUAAUAACCCCAAAUAAUUCCAAUCGAUUUUUCUUUACUUAUUUUGGAAGCUUACGAAUGUAGCUCUCAAAUUCUUACUUUAAAAAAAUGGUAGCAUGAUGUACGUGUGAUAGGGAUAAAUGUGCAUUAUUUAACGACAUGGCCUAAACAAGUUAAGCUUAAUUGUACUAAUUACUAAAAAAAUAAGCAUUAGAUAAAAUAAAACGCAUAGAUUUUAACUCAGCGUAUUAUAAAUUAAUUUGUAAUCCAUAAAAUCCGUUUUUCUUUUCAUGCACGAUUUGCUUGAAGUCACGUGAUACAAAUAAACUCUGGCAAAAAUUAGGGUAAACAUGUAAUGUACCUGAGGUUUGAAUUCAACCCAUCAUUUUGUUUUUCUUGUCCAUCAUUUGCCAAAGUGUGUCACGAGAAACAACCAAGACUGAGCUGUGCUAGGGUUCAACUUUCUCGCACGUGUUUUUUCGACUGCACGCUGUUUGUGUCAUACAAAACAUCACUUACGACCUUUAUCCUGAAACAUCACCUGUGACUGUGAUAGAAAAUAAAAAUUCCUACAGCAUUUUUUGGUCAUGCAUAUAUGACAAUCUUAGGAACGUUUUAGGAUGGUUUAAUAUGCUAAUAUUUAGAUAGACAUGCCAUAAGCUUGUGUUAGCAUUGCAGAAUGCCCUGAGAUAUUUUCCAUCCACUUGUCAUCAUACACUUGCUCCAGAGUUUGCCCAAGAAUUAAGGGAGUAUGGCCACAUCUACAUGUAUCGCUUCAGACCAGACAUUGAAAUGCGUGCUUAUCCUAUUGACGAGUAUCCAGCUAGAACUAGACAAGCUGCCGCUAUUAUGCUGAUGAUAAUGAAUAAUCUGGAUCCACGAGUAGCUCAAUUUCCUCAUGAACUUGUCACAUAUGGAGGGAAUGGGCAGGUGUUUUCUAACUGGGCUCAGUUUUGGAUUGUGAUGCAAUAUUUAUCAGAAAUGACAGAAGACCAGACUCUUGUAAUGUGCUCAGGUCACCCACAGGGACUGUUUCCCAGCAGCCCAUCUGCUCCAAGGGCAGUAAUUACUAAUGGCAUGGUUAUUCCAAACUACUCAUCAAAAGAUCAGUAUGACAAAAUGUUUGCCUUAGGUGUGACUAUGUACGGUCAAAUGACAGCAGGGAGUUACUGUUAUAUAGGACCUCAAGGGAUAGUUCAUGGAACCACAAUUGUUGUUCUAAAUGCUGCAAGAAGGCACUUAGGAGUGAAUGAUCUGAGAGGAAAGGUUUUUGUUACAGCAGGCCUGGGUGGAAUGAGUGGUGCACAAGCAAAAGCUGCUGUCAUUGCUGGUUGUAUUGGUGUAGUGGCUGAGGUUGAUGAGGCUGCUUUGAAAAAAAGACAUGCACAAGGAUGGUUAAUGGAAUAUACAUCUGAUGUGGACAUCUGUGUGGAACUUAUCAAGAAAGCUCGGAAGUUGAAAAAACCACACAGCUUGGGGUACCACGGCAAUGUCGUAGACUUAUGGGAGCGCUUAGUGCAAGAGUAUGAGAGUACCGGUGAAGUUCUUGCGGAGCUGGGCUCUGAUCAAACCUCACUGCAUAAUCCGUUUAAUGGAGGAUAUUAUCCUGUUCAGGUAAAGUUUGAUGAAGCAAAUGAAAUUAUGAAACAUGACCCUGAAAGAUUUAAAGCCUUGGUGCAAGAAAGCUUGCGUCGCCAAGUCGCCGCUAUUAAUAAGCUCACCGCUCGUGGAAUGUUCUUCUGGGAUUAUGGAAAUGCAUUUCUUUUGGAGGCCAGCCGUGCAGGAGCUGAUGUUUGUAAAGAGGGGGCUCCGCUCGGCAUUUUUCGUUAUCCGUCCUACGUGCAAGACAUCAUGGGUGAUAUAUUUUCCCUGGGAUUUGGACCAUUUCGGUGGGUGUGUACUUCUGGUCUCGCUGCUGAUCUGGCAACAACUGACAAGAUUGCCAAGAAAGUCUUUGAGGAAAUAAUGGCAGAAGGAUUGCCAGCCGAGGUGAAAGCUCAAUACGAGGACAACCUGAAAUGGAUCGAGGAGGCGCAGCAGCAUCAACUGGUAGUGGGUUCUCAGGCGCGGAUUUUGUACUCAGACCAACGGGGAAGGGUCGCUCUGGCACAGGCGUUCAAUAAAGGCAUAAGUGAAGGGCGAUUGCAGGGUUGUGUUGUUAUAAGUCGAGACCAUCAUGAUGUUAGUGGCACAGACAGCCCAUUCCGAGAGACUUCAAACAUUUACGACGGGUCUAGCUUCUGUGCAGACAUGGCUGUUCAAAAUGCUAUCGGCGAUUCAUUCCGUGGAGCUACUUGGGUUGCACUACAUAACGGCGGUGGUGUGGGAUGGGGUGAAGUUGUCAAUGGAGGCUUUGGCCUUGUUUUAGACGGAUCUCAAGAAGCCAAUGAUAGGGCUCGUGUGAUGCUAUCCUGGGAUGUCAACAACGGAGUUGCGCGUCGCUGUUGGUCAGGCAACCUUCAUGCAAAGCGUGCCAUCUGCACAGCCAUGGAACAAAAUCCCUUACUGAAGGUGACAAUCCCGUCACAUGUUGAGGACGUAACCCUGCUAGACAACGUUCUAAAGCCAUAAUGAAGAUUGCGUUAGUGUUUUUAGGAAGGAAGAAAUAUUCUUCAAUCAAACCCAGACUUGACUACGGCAUCCUCUUGUGAACAAGAAAGGAAAUCAUAGGAAAACGUUCUGAAUUGUUUUAUUUAUUAAAAACUUCAAAGCUCUAAAACUUCAAAGCUCUAUUACAACUAUACUUAUACAUACACUUCAAGCUGGUAAGAAAAAUCUGUUUGCAGAACCUUUACAUUCAUGAAAAGAUAACAAGGUGGCUUUAAACCUCUGGGACGUUAGUAAAAAUGUCUAUUUUAUCUAUCAGAAAGAAAGAAAAAUGCCAAAAAAAAAAAAAUAAUAAUAAUAAUAGUAAUAAUAAUAAUAAUAAUAAUAAUAAUAAUAAUAAUAGUAAUAAUAAUAAUAAUAAUAAUAAUAAAAUAAGUAAAGUUUUUGCCGGGUAGUUCUUAAGUUGUUAGGCUCUGAUGUCGCUUUGCCGUGGCCACAAAGUUUUGGAAUCUCACUUAGCUUUAUGGAGGAAGUUUUAAUUCAAAGCCAUCCGCAAAAUGCGGUUUUCGGCUAACUAUUUUUAGAAAAGCAAAGUAAGUGGAUGACACCCUUUUGUGUGUGAACUCUCGCUUUAAAGUUCUUUAAUAUGUAGUAUCGUUCUCAGACUUUACAAGAUGGCUACAAUUCUUUUUUAAGUCUGAUGGUGAAACCUUAGUGUGAGAACAUUAAAAUAACAUCGAGCAGUA